AUGUCACAAGUUGCUCGCCAAGAAUCAAUAUUUCAUAGUCUUACUUCUGAAGCUGGUUUAAAGUUGAAAGGCAUUGGAGAAGGACCACACGAAUUAGGCAAGCUAUUAUUAAAUCAAAUUGAACCCUCAGCUUUUCGACGCGAACUUUGUCAAAAAAUUUUAUCCCAUCCGCAGUAUCCGGAUCCAAUAAUUAAUCAAUUUUUAGAAGUAUUGCAAGAGCUAUUUGAUGAAGAUCCUGUACAAUUUAUUGCAUGUUUACAACCUCUUUCGGUGAAUGGUCAAUCAAGAUUCGGCUCCACGGCAGAUAGUUUGAUUAGAAUUCUAUUGGGUAUCGAUUUUAUUCAAUCGAACUUAAUUGAUCAAUUACUGGAGAGAUUACCAACAUUCAUUUCAGAUUCUGAUAAUGAUAAUGUUGAAUCUCCAAUUCCCCGACUAAUACUACAACAAUUGAAAUGGUUGGAAUAUACGGUUAAUCCUCUUCGUUUGGUAGAAAAGAUAAUGGAGAUGAUUCCCAUCACUCCUUUAGGUAUCCAAAGAGAAAUUAUAACAAGCUUACCUGAAAUUAUUAAUGAUUCGGAACAGAAUACGGUCAUCCAAUCUCUGAUAAAACUAAUUGAUCAAAACCAUCAGUUAAUAGUCCCAAUUCUUGAUGCUCUUUCCAAUUUUACGGUUCAAGGAGACUAUAUGAAUAAAGUUCGGGAAACGGUCUUUGAUCGACUCGAAUCAGCAGAUUUGGAGGAUUUGCCUCUCGUCGUCAAAUUCUUGCUUCAGACAGCCACAUCUGAAGAUGCUAAUGAAAUCGUGAGACAAAUUAGAGAAAAAGUCGAUUUUCGAUCAAUUGGAAGAUUACAAAGUGAAGCCAGUCAAUCGAAGCGUAAUCAGAAGAAGAAAAAGGAGGAUAUUCCCGAAUCUUUAAUUCUUGAUUCAAUCAAAAAUGGAAUUCAAUUUCAUAAAUUCGUUAUGGACGCGUGGAUUAAAGUCAUCAACGAUGUUAAAGUGCCGGCAAAUCAUAUGAUUAUUGACAUAUUAAUUUUGUUGAUCAUGCAUUCCAUUCCGGGCAUUAAAAAAAAGGUUGAAAAUAUCUUUCGUAAAAAAAUUGAAAGUGGUUUAUUCACCAGAAAACUUUUGGAAGAGACGAUCGCGUGUCAUUACGAGGGAUUGCAAGGAUAUUUUAAUAAUAUUAUUUCACUAUCAGAAAGUCUUCUUCGAUCCAGUCAACAACAAGCGACGUUAGCACGGGCAGCUUGUUCACUUUAUCAUAGCACAUUCAUAGUAUUCGAAACUUAUGAACAGCAAGAGAUUGUAGUCUCAUUAGUAACGCAUGUAGGGAGUGGCUCUAAUACUGAGACAGAUUCUGCGUUAUCAGUGCUUUCACAUCUUGCUGAAGCGGACCUCGCAAAACUAAGCAGAUUCGCAAUUUUUGUGAAAGGUAUCUUAGAUUAUUUGGAUAAUUUAUCAGUGGAUCAGAUUAGAAUAUUAUUCGAUGUGUUAAGUAAACUAGUAUAUGAGGAUGCUAAUUAUGAGGACGGUAGUAGUAGUUUGCUUUCCGAAUUUUCUAUUGUCAUUCAGAAACAAUUGUCGAAUCCUAGCGAAAAAUAUAAACAAAUUGGAGUUAUUGGAACUUUAGCUUUAGUGAAAACUCUGGGCGCUAAAGAAUUAAGUUCAAAUGAUGAUUCAAAAAGGAACAUGAAUAAUCCUUUCUUAAAUGUGAUAAAGGAGAAUCUUACAAAGAUUGAACGACAUUGUACAAGAUCAAUGGCUUGUCUUGCCUUUGCGUAUGAUGAGCUUGCCUAUUAUGUUUCUCAUGACCUCUUAGAUAAAGAACUUGUUGAUUGGAUCAAUGAGAAAUUGGCUUCACCAUUUCAAGAUUUCUUUAUAUUAGAUGAAGAAGAUGUAUCAAUUUAUAUUAAGGAAUCUUAUCAUUUUCCACGAAUUUCAAUCGAGCCUUGGAUGAAAAUAGAUAGUGAAUUAGUGAACAACAUAUAUCCUUUAUUAUGUGAGCCUUAUAUAUCCGCGGAUGUACGUACCAACCUUGGUAUAAAACGUGAUUGGAUAAUAUGCUCUUGUUCAAUGUUUAAAUUAUGGCAAGCAUGUGAAAAGGCCAGUAAUAAAGGAGUAUUAGAAAAUAUUGAUGCUUUAUUGGGUAUGGGAAUUCUCAUGUACGAAAAGCAGACAGUCGACCAUAUGAAAAGCAAUAAUUAUACGAAAUUAAUGUAUGAAACUACCUGUAACACGUUAUUCUACGCAAUUAAUUGGUUUCGAGAGAUAGUUAAUGCAUUUUGGGGCCAGCAUGAUUUCGAUAAUGCGAUUUGUAAGAAAGUAAUAACUAGGUUACAGAAUAUAAAUGAAUUGGAGAAUUUAUUGAACGAGUUAUUAGAAAUAGCUCCAACCUUUCAGCCCUUUGGAUUUGGAGUUCCUACACAAAAAUCAGUUACAAAAUUUAGAGCAGUUGCCGUACCAGUGAAUUCUUCCCAAAGAAAUCUUAUUAGAGUAGGUAAGACGGCAAGGAGAUCAGCUAUUAGUAAAGGAAAGAUAUUAAGUGCUCCAGAUUUAAGACCUUUGAUGCGCGAACUGGAAAUGGAAAUAUUUAAUAAGGAACCUAAUAAGGACUCCGAUGAUAUAAUUCGGUUACAACCCAAGGAGAUUAUUUACCUUCUUGAAGAUCUGGAUCGAAAGCUUGAGCACAAAUUAUCUGCCCCAAUAACAAAUAUACCUUUUUUUGCCAAAAAGUUGAAAAAGAACGAGAUUAAUACAAAAUCCAAGGGAUUUAGCCUAAUUUCGCGACAACCUGCUUUAGAGGUUGUCAAUAUAGUCUGUGAAAAAUAUUUCCAGAUUCUUUUAAGUCAAUUUGAAUCUAUUUGCGACUUAUUAGACCCAGACAAUGACGUCUUAUUGGAGAGAGAUGAGGAUAAUGAAGUCAAACGGUGUCUUGAAUUAUUACUAGAAAUCAUGCUUCGAUUAGUUUCAUGGUCUGAUUUAAAAAGUCCGGAUAAUGUGCACACGUUACUCAAUGUUUUGAAUCAAAUUUCUUCAAGGGGGGAUUCAUCAUCUGAAUCCACAACGUCAUUGACACAACACGAAAUUCUUCAAAAAUCUACCAAGGACGCAUUUAAUUAUUUACUUAAAUUUUCAUCAAAACUUCCAACUGCAAAUUUGGCAAUUUCGUUUCAUAAAAUACUUUGCAAGAUUAACGAAUUUUCGCCUGAUACAAAUGAAUUGUCUGCUAAAUCUGGAGAGAUUGCGCGAUAUUUUGCAACCUAUCAAUGGCAAGACCGAAAACAAAUGAAACCUGCUUCAAUCGUGUAUCUUAUACAACAAGAUAUUCAUUAUUCAAUGGAUAAAAUAGAGAGAAUCAAAUAUUAUGCCGAUUUGGUUCUUCCCUCUCUUGAAAACCGUGAGGAGGAAGUAUUACAAGCAAAUCCAUUAUUUAGUAAGGAUACUUUCCAGCAUUUUUAUAAGGCCUUAUCUAUAGAGUUGAUUGAAGCUUUACGGGAGAUUGAGAUGAGCAAGACUACGGAGGAAAUUCUGGUACAAUUCACUAAUAUGGUUUAUUGUUGGCAAAGGUUAGUUUCUUUUAUAAAGAAAAAUCAUAAGCGGGCUAUACUCUCCGUGAUAUUGAGAUAUGGUCGGGGAUUUAUUGACUUAUUUGUUAAAAAAAUGUUACCAUUUAUGGAUGAAAGUUUCAAGUUAUAUCGAGAAACUAUAUUGGCAAUUUUUAAAGACUUUCAAAGUGCAACUCGAAACAUUCAAACUCUUUGUACUCAUGUGAAGGUGGUUAAAGAUACUGUGUUGGCUGCAAUGGUUCCAGCUGUAAAGAAAUCUUUAGAAAUAGUAAUUUAUCAAGUUAAAGCUAUGCUACAGCAUAAUGAAUGUCCUCCUGAAGCAUUUUUCAUGGGAGCUCUUAAAUUCCGUGAUCUUGAAGGAAAUGUAAUUGAUUCUAAUAUGCCAAAAGAUGAGAAUACAAUAGACGAAAAAACUUCUCCUCUACAAUCUUAUGAUGUAGAAAUGGGAGAUGCUUCUUCAUUUGAAAAGAAUGACAGUCAUAAAUCUGAUGAAGAAAUGGAUAAUGUAUCAGUCGCAAAAGCUGAUUCAAUAAAAUCUGAUGAUGAACAGUGCAUAAUUGACAUCUUAGAUGAUUAUAAUGAGGAAAAGGAACUAGGGAGCGUUAGCAAAAGGAGUAGCAAACACGUUUUGUCUUCAGCGGAAGAAGAUAAUAAUGUCGAUGAGAAUGAUUCCGAAAAUAACACAGAGUAA